AUGGACUUGACUGAGCAAAUGAUGGACGGAUUUGCUUGCGUUGUCACCGAAGAGAGAUUUGAGUGUAUCAAACCCGGUGGAUGCUUGCAUCAGUAUCCACACUUUCUGCAAAAGCUUAUCUCGACCGACAUCUACUGGAGGACUCCGUUUCCAAGAGCAGGGGCCCCCUCCCGGAGUUACCAUGUCACAACGCAUUCACUGCUCGACGAAGGGUCUGCAUCAGUCGAUGCGGCUGCGAUGAAGCCCAAAUCCGCCAGCGGAAAUGUGCCCCAAGCCCAGAUCUCCAGCGGCACUUCCCAAUCCAUCCUCUCCGGAGCUCGCGGCCGAACUCGAGGGCAGCUUGAUGUGGACCAUUCUCCACAAGCGAACCCUGCCACUUCAACUGAUCAGCGGCACGAAUGCGUUCAGGUGACCCACUGGCGGAGACCCGAGGCAAGGCUGGAACGCAGACAAGGCCAAUCACGGCCAUAUCUUUUCCAGCGCCGACCAUCGUGGCCGGGGAAGCGUGCGCGUUGGCUCCGUCAAAGUCCGCCCCAGAAAACAUGCUUGGAGGCAAGAUUAGAUAAGAUAAUCCCGGCGACUUGUUUUGCCGGCGCCGUCCCCCCGGCCUAA